UACGCUUUGAGAACAAAGACCCUGGGUAAAGCGCGGUAAAGCCCUACGGGCGCUUGACGAUUCUUGCCUAUUCUGCUCCGGAUGGUUGGGCAUUGUUCUAUUCGGGCAUGAUCUUCCUGCAUACCCGCGUCUAUUUUCUUGUCGUAACAAGUCGUUCCUUACCAGCUCGCGUACUUUACUCGUGUCUUUCGCACCCUGUCGUCUCGCAGGCACGAUCAUCAGACUGGAUCUGUAUUUAAGGGGGCAGCAGUGUUCAUUUUACUUCCUCACCAGCGUAGUGUCGGGGGAUCUCUACGUCUGGCAUAGAAAACAUUCUGUCCUUAGACUAGAAGCAUGGUCGCGUUUUCAAUUAUCUCCGCCUUCUCCAUGCUUUCGUCACUGCUGCUCGCGUCACUGUCGCAUGCAUCCCCUGUUCCACGGCCGUUCUUGAACUCCGGGCUAUCACUUCCGUCGCUAGAUUCCAAAAGUUGGUUCUGCCGUCUCGUCCACACGACACUGGCUGAAAAUCUUUGCCUACAAGAAGGGUCGACUGCACUAUCUGUGAAUACUCCCCUUGGCGUCGCGCAGGGUACCGCCGAUGUCUCGGGUGUGAACAGGUUCGCUGUAAAGUAUGCUUCCGCAGAACGCUGGUCCCCAUCCUCUAUGGUGACUGCAUGGGCACUCCCCAAUGGUUCUACCAAUGUCUCUGCGUUGCCGCUUAUGUGCCCGCAGCCCUAUGUGGAUAAUUCCACGUUCACCGAGGAUUGCCUAUCGAUGAUCCUCUAUGUCCCCACCACCUCAGACGAGGACAGUGAUGUACCGACUUUGAUGUGGAUUCAUGGAGGUUCUUUCAUGGUCGGAUCCGCAACGAAUCCUGGCCUAGAUGGAUCUGCACUGGCACUUGCCACUAAUUCGAUCGUUGCGGUUAUUCAGUACCGCCUGGGAGCUCUUGGCUUCGUGGCUCCCAACAAUCAGACCAACCUUGGUCUGAAAGACGCUGUAAAUGCACUCGAAUUUUUGACGGCUGUUCUUCCGAGCUUCGGCGGUGACCCACGUAAGAUCACUGUAGCCGGCCAAAGCAGUGGUGCGAAUAUGAUUCGCGCCCUUCUUGCUGUGCCUUCUGCACAGUCACUAUUCCAAUCUGCAAUUUUGCAGUCUGAUCCCAUGGACUAUGGCUUCCUGUCAUCAUCUGAUCAAGCUCAACUUGAGGAGUACUUCGUGUCGAAUCUCGGCUGUGCUGCAACCGACUCAGCAUGCCUAAAUGCUUUAACCGCGGAUACCAUCGUCAAUGGUGCCGGCCUUUGGCAAUUUAAUAGCUCCGUUUACGUCGUCCCAGCCGCCACUCAGUCCGAGCCAAUGCGUGUUGUGAAUGAUGGCACCUUCAUCACCUCCACCUUGGACUCAACUUCGCCAUUCCCCCGCGUUUCCAAGCCCAUCUUAUUGUCUAACGUUGUUGACGAGGGAGGUUAUACGAUUUACGGCUCAUUCCCUGACCCCAUGCCCGAAGCCGAGUACGUUGCUAUCAUCAACGGCUCGUUCGGCGAGAUACGCUACGAGACUCUCGUGAGCUCGCAAAGCUAUGCCGUCGGGACCGCUCAAGAUGACGACUACCGCCCUCAGCUUCAAGUGCUCGCCACGGACUCGGUCUGGCGAUGUGCGACAUGGACUUUUGCGCGAAACUGGGUUUCUAAUGGUGGAACUGCAUACGUAGGAGUGUACACUGUUGGCGCAAGCUACCCCGGCAACGCCGCUGUCUCUUUCUGCACCGAGCCAGGGGUUGUUUGUCACCAAGAUGAUAUCGAGAUAGUCUUUGGCACUGCUCCCAACCCAACCUCGGCUCAGUCAGCGUUGAUUACCGAGAUGCAGGCCCGUUACAAGUCAUUCUUGUAUAGCGGGAACCCAAACCCUGAUGAAUCAUCAUACGCGAAUUGGCAGGCGGCUGGAAAUUCAGACGUCAAUGCCAUUCUGUUCGGCAGCAACGGCAAUGCUCCUAUCGGCGCUUGCACCCCAUCUUUCUGGGGUCAAAGCGUCGCGUACGAUUAUCAAGUAUUUGAUAUUUAG